AGAGAAGGAAUGAAGGGAGAAAUAGAAGAAGAAUGGAAGAAAAGAACAGGUGGGAGGGAGGAAGAAAAGAAAGAAAGAAAGAAAAAGGGAGGAAGGAAGAAUAGAAGUAAGGGAGUAAGAACAGAAGACAGAAUGGAAGGAGAAAAGGGGAAGGAAUGAAGGGGAAAUGGAAGAAGAGUGGAAGAAAAGAUCAGGUGGGAGGGAGGGAGAAAGAAAAGAAAGGAGAAAGAAAAAAGGAAAGGAGGAAGGAAGAAUGGAAGAAAGGGAGGAAGCACAGAAGACAGAAUGGAAGAAGAAAAAGGGGAAGGAAUGAAGGGGAAAUGGAAGAAGAAUGGAUGAAAAGAUCAGGUGGGAGGGAGGGAGGGAGGGAGGAAGGAAGAAAAGAAAAGAGAAAGAAAAACAAAGGGAGGGAGGAAGAAUGGGAGGAAGAAUGGAAGACAGGAUGGAAGGGGAAAAGGGGAAAGGAAUGAAGGGGAAAUGGAAGAAGAAUGGAAGAAAAGAACAGGUGGGAGGGAGGAAGGAAGGAAGAAAAGAAAGGAGAAAAAAACGAUGGGAGGAAGGAAGAAUGGAAGGCAGAAUGGAAGGAGGAAAGAUGGGAAGGAAGGAAAGGUGGGAGGGAGGGAGGAAAGGAGGAAGGAAGAAGAAAGAGAGGAAGGGAGGGAGGAUCCAAGGAAGGAAGGAAUACAGGCCUUCAGAUGUCAUCUCCCAUAGCCUGGAUUGCCACCUUCUUGGCAUUCCUUUCCCCUUCUGGGGUGGACCCAGGUAUGGCCGCCCCACCUUCUCUUUGCAGAUGCUCCUGCGACCGACCGACCAACCGGAAGGUGAGCCUCCUUGGCAUCCAGGUAGAUGACUCUGCAAGUGCGGGGAACCGGUUUGUCCAGACCAAGGGGAGGAGGAGGAGGAGGAGCAGGGUGUCCUCCUCUUUCUCCGAAACCUGUCCUCCUCCCUAGAGUUUCGCCCCUGAAGCCGAGAAGGAAGGAAGGAAAGAAGGAAGGAAGGAAGGAAGGAAGGAAGGAAGGAAGGAAGGAGGAAGGGAUGGAGACUCUGCGGAGAGGCCUCUCCCGCUGGAAGAGGUACCGCAUCAAGGUGCACCUGGCUGAGGAAGACCUGUUGCUCCCGCUGACUGUCCGGCCCACUGACACCAUGAUGGACCUCCGGGCCCUUUUGGUCCAGCAGGGCAUCACUUCCUGGAAGAAGGCCUUCCACUACAAUGCCCGGCUCUUGGCCGAAGACGAGACGGUCAAGGAGGCCAAGAUCCAGGAUGGCUCUGUGGUGCUCCUCGUUGCCGACCAAAGGUGAAGCUUACCGGGAGAGUUUGAGGAAACUAUGCAGCGUGUUGCCGCCGUUCAAGAGGAAGAUUGCCGAACAGGCAGGAGAGAGCCCAAGAUCUGAGUGCAGGACGAGAUGAUGAUGAUGAUGAUGAUGAUGAAGACGACAACGACAACAACAGAGAAGCCCCCGGCCCUCUCUUGAUGCCAACGUCAUCAUCCUUGGAUUGGAAACACCACUGAUGUGAUCUGGCACCAGGAAGCCUUCCUGCUUGCGGCUGCAACAUAACAAAGCCAUGCGCCUCUUUUCUGGGAGGGCGAGGAACAGGUCGGGGCAGAGCAGGGCAGUUGCAAAAGAGGAAAUUCAAGUUCAUGGGGCCGAGAGGGAGGAGGAGGAAAAGGAGGAGGAGAGUUUCAGUCUCCUGCAGAAAGGGAGAAGCCGGUUUCCCGCAAAAAGCAAAUGUUAUGAAUAACUUUUCAACAACUUUAAAGCAUAGGUUCUUAUUAUUGCAGUUUCAGUGUGAGAAAGGGUAUCAGAACUUGGACAUACAGAUUCAAUGUAACUAUAUUGAAUCCACAAACAACCUAGUUACAUUGGCUAACAGAAAAAGGGGAAUUAUAUUUUUACUCAACACUCACAUUACCCAUACACAAUCAUUCAUCCUCGUGCAUCCCAAUAUUACCAUAUCCUUUCUCCCUCCUUGGAGAAGCACCUGCUUAAGCCAGACCCUGCUUUCCUUGCACAGUUCCAAAACUUCCAAAAUGCCAAAACACAUCCUUUCCUUUUCCCUGAGAAAGAAGCAAGUGACCAGAUUUCUGCUUUCCAUUGCAGAUCUGCCGCUCCUACAGGUGCACCAUCUCUCUCCUUCCCAUGGAGCAGAGCAUGGCGAGUGAGCCAGACUGCUCCAGUCUGCCACACUUUUGGAAUAUUAGAAGGCCACUCAUAUAGCAAUAUUUCUUGCUGAUGUUGUUCCAAAGUUGUAAAUGAAUGAUAGCUAUUUUUCCAGCCUGAAACAUCCUGGCUUCAUCUCAGUUCCGGGCAGAUGUUGACUCUCCUUAAUUGGUGUUGGUAAACGUAAGGAGCCUUGUGUUGACUUCCUUUUUAAACAUAAGGAACCUUGUAAACACUUCCUUAACUUAAAGAGCCAUUGUCUCUGAUAAUGUAAACACAUUUCUCCCCAAUAAUUCAACAGUUAAUCAUUGUCACAGCUCUCAUCAGCAACUUUUAAUUACAGUCCAUGAAUUCUUCACCUCCUCCUUGUAGUUUUCCAGGCCUCAGUCUUAGGAUGACAUCUCUAGACAAUACAGAUCCCAACCAUAUAUAUUCCAUACAAUUUCAUUCAAACCAUACAUCAUAUUUCAUGACACAAAGCCAGGAUUCUCAAAAACUAGACUUGUCUCUAUAUUCUGAUAGCGUUACAAACUUGGUAGAUGCAGGGAAUGCUGUGGACAGAGCCAAUCUUGAUUUCAGGAAGGUGUUUGAUAAUGUCCCCCUGCAAUCUUCUUCAAACAAACAAGUAAAUUGUGGGCUGGAUAAUAUUCCUGUGAGGUGGUUUUGUCAUUGGUUAAGCAACCAAACCCAACAAUGGUUCCUCGUCUUCAUCCUGGAAAAAAGGGACUAUUUGGGUGUCAUAAAGAGGGCUCUGUCUUGGGGCUUUCGGGGCUUUUCAACGUCUUUGUGAAUGACUCGGAUGAAGGGCCUCCUUAACAAGGCAAAACUGGCCCCAAUUAAACAGACCCAGAACAAC